AACAAUGUCGGACGAAGAAGACGACCCGAUUGAACAUGAGAUUGAUGUGUACCUGUCCAAAAGUUUGUCAGAUAACUUGUUUCUGCUUCAGUACCCAAUCAGACCAGCCCAUUUGAAUUACGACAAAAUUGAACACUUAGCAGCUAGAGUUAAACCACAGCAGAAAAAGGUGGAAUUCGACUUAGCUGUCAACACUUCAAGUACCUACUAUGCAAAAAGUAAAGGUGAACAGAUUGCUCUCAAUGUUGAUGGAUCAUCAAGAGGGGAUCAAGGAGGGUUUUAUAGAAGUGAUAAGAUGGACAAGCAGAUCCUAACCUCAGCUCCUUGUUCUGGUGAUAUAGGACGAUAUGGUGUGGGUGUAUUUAAAGAGGGUGAGCUACAUUUAUCACCUCUCCAUGCUGUAGUGCAAAUGAGACCAUCAUUUAACUACUUAGACAAAGCAGAUGACAAAAUCAAAACAGAAGCUGCUGCAAGGGAAGCUGCAGGAGAUAUGUCUCAGGAUGAAGAAGAUGAAGCUAAGCCUGUAACUAUGAAGUUUGCUCGUCAAGAGACAGAGGAGGCCAAAGCCAGGAGAAUGAGAUCUUACGGAUAUCUACAGAAAAAGAGGAAUGAGGAAUCAUGGAUUCAUUUAGAAUAUCAUGGUGUAAAUUCUGAUUUAGCUGAAACAGAAAGGUCACAGUUACAUGCCAGCAAAGAGGAAGAGGUUUCUGAAUUCUGUGUCAAACCAGAUGAGUAUUUGAAGAUGUUGAUGCCACCCUCAAGUGAAACAGAGAGUGAAAAACCAGCCAUGCCAAGUAAUGUGUUGUCUCUUAUACAGUUACGUACAAUGCCACUUGCAGACCAAGUUAAAACAUUACUCACAAACGCCAAAGUUAUAACUUUUAGUCAGUUGAUAACAUUACUACCUCAGGGAACAGAUCCUGGUGCUGCAUUACGAUCACUUCAUCAAGUAGCUGUACUAGUACAAGGUUGUUGGGUUGUCAAGAGUGAAAUUCUGUACCCAAAGGAAGCCUGCAGUCCACAUAGUGGUGUUUCUGGAGAACAUCUGAGUAAGGGUAGAGAUUAUGUGAUGUGGAGAUUUACUCAGUCUAGAGUGGUUACAAGAAAAGAUAUAGCAUCUGUAGUCAAGUUGCCAGCAGAAGAUGUGAAGGACAUUCUUGAACAGAUGUCACGUAUCAGAGCCAACUGUGGAUGGGAAUUCUUGUUCCAGUAUGAUCAUGAUUUUGUUUCAAGGAAUCCUGAAAUAGUACACAGACAAAAAGCAUUCUGGGAUUCAAAGUAUCAGAUUUUAUGCAAACAGUUGAAAAUUCCAAAGGAACAUGAAAAGAAAUUUAAAGAUAAAGAUUCAGGUAUACCUGGUUUGGAUAAACCCACAAGGAGAAGGAGAAAUUCCUCAAAGGGAUCACCAAGGAGGAAAAGAACAUUGAGUGGCCGUUCUGUGUCAGAUCACAGUGACAUUGAACCAGAUAUCAAAAUGGACUCUGAAAAUAGUGCAGAUGAAGAUAUUCCUACUCAUCAUGAACCAAUGGAAGUAGCUGAAGUAAAUCAUGUGACUAAUGGAUCAAAUAUUCUGUCAUUAACUAAUUGUGAUAAAACAAUUUCUAAGCCAGUGUCUAAAAAAUUUGAUGAAAAGAGGACCGAGUUAUUGAAUUUUGUGUGUGAAAAACUACAAAGUAGAUUUAUUUUAAGUAUAAAUGAAUUAAGACGUUUGUUAAAUAUACGAUUGACACAAUGUUCAGCUGGAUAUAUAUUAAACUGUGAAAUUACUGAUCAAAUGUUAGAGGAAGCUUUAGAUGAAUCGGGUAGUCUAAAAUUAGAAAAUAUGUGGCCACCAGGGACACCAGAAGAAUCACUAUAUGCCUUAACUUUUACAAGUGAUAAACUGGAUCCAGUUAGAAAAGUUCUCCUGUCAAUGUUUACAACAACUUACAAGACAACACGAAAAAAUUUUAUAAAAAAAGUUAAAGAAGAGACAGAUAUUGAUUUAACAGAAAAUGAUGCAAAACUUUUAUUAAGUGAUUAUUGUAUCAAUAAAGGCAAGGGGGCUACAUGGUAUUUGAAAGGAACAUUAAUACCAGACUCAUGACAUCGUUGGAAAAGGAAUAAGAAUAGAUUAUGAUUUAUGCCAACGUGAUAAUUACAGGCUGUGUCCAGAUGAUCAACCAUCACAUCCUGUUUUGGCAAAAAGUUUGCUGUUUCAUGACUUUAUACCAGCACUUUGAUUUAAUUAUGUGGAAUCAUUGGGACAGAAAACAAAAAUCCAUGAUAUUGGCUGGCAAUAUUUUUUCCUAAGAAAUAAUAACUAAUUUCAUAUUUCUGUAUAUAUAAUGUAUGUCAAAUCUCAUUCAAAAGUGACACAAAUUGUUUUGUAGUGAUUGAUUCAUUGUUAAUUACUUCAAUGCUGGUACAUAUGAGGAGACUAAUGUGAUGAUUAAUAUAAGGAGGGAGAUGCCAAUUAGACACAUAUUCACCAAUGUCUAAAUGGUGUGGAUGUAAGCAAAUACAGGUCACUGGGCUACCUUCUGCAAUUCACAAAACCUAUUUCGCAUAGUCUGUUACAAAAGACCAGACAUGACAAAAUGUCAAACAAUUCAAACAAAAAACCAAUGCUCGAAUUUAUGACAAAAUAAAAAACCAUUAUCACAGACAGCAACUAACAACAACCACUGAUUUAUAGGCUCCUGAUUUGGGACAGGCACAUAAAGAAUGUGGAGAGGUUUAAAAACAUUUGUGUCGGCUCAACCUACUCUAACCUGGGACAGUGGUUUAACAGUACAAUAUAAGAAAAGACUAAAACUAUUUUGAUAAUUACUUGACCCAUCAUAUUGGCACAAAAUACAGCUUCUGGGGAUUCAUUUAUUUUCGUUGGAACCAGUUUUUGUAAAUCAUGUAGAUUGAGGAAAACUUAUACUCACAGUUACUGGAAGCUAGUUCAAAGCCAAUUACUGAAAUUGAGAAAUUAAUUCGUUCAUUUAUUAUUGGGAAUAACUAAUUAUGGGUACAAAUGUGAGAUCUAAUUAAUAUGUGUGCAAAAACUACUGAAAUGAUGAAAUUGCUAGCCUGAUACUGUCAUAGUUUGUACAUUGAUAAAACCAUCUAAACAAAUUCUGAAGGAAUAGUACAACUGAUAAAUAAUAUUCUCCAAGACUUUAGUAUCAAUCAGUUCACAUCCCUUAAGGUCAUGAACAGUCUGAGCAUGACCUUGUGUAAUGUCAAAAUAAACAUUCAUGUUGAAGUGUAGACAGGAAAUAGGACCAGACAUUUCCUUUAUAUGUCUCUGGUUUUCAUAACUGUAUAGCAAUACUUUUUAGUUAGAUAUUAGUAAAAUUGAAAACCUUCUUCAAGGGAUCAAUGAAUUUACAUUGGUUGUAUCCAAUAGUAUGCUACAAAAAUAAAGUGUGUACUGGAUUUGUUAUUUGACACACACUACUGAAAGGAUAAUAUAUAUGUGUCUUUAGCACUGCUCUUUUCCUAAAUGUGUACUGGAUAUCUAAAGAUUUUUGAUAAAAGGAAUCAAAUACUUUGAGAAUAGGGUCAAAUAUAAAGGUAGUACCAGUGACAUAUAAUACAACUAUAUAAGUCUCUGGUAAUAUACAGCCAAGUGUAUGGUAUACUGACAGAAAAUUUGCUUCUAGGAAAAAGACACUGUGAUGACUACAGACCAGACUGAUAAUUUGAACAAAAGAGAGAAUUCCGGGUAAAAAAACUAAGGUAUGGAGCAUUCUGGAUGAAUCUACUCUUUCUUUCUUCAGAGAAAACAAGAGAUCCUCCUGUAUAGGUUCUAUAGACCUUUCAGAUAUACAAUUAGUCAGAAUAACCAGUAACUGCCAGUUUGAAAUUAAAACAGAAAAGAAUUCACAAGUAUAUACUGCAGAAUCCAAUGAGAAAUGCAGUGAAUGGGUGCAAAAAUUGUCAGAAUACUCAAAAUGUACCACAACUAAUAGUGAACCGACGAAGAACACACCAAGAAAGAAUUCCAUAUUUAGCCAUAGGGAAGAAAUAGGCGAGCAUACAGUGGUGGUCAAUGCAGCUAAAAAUAUUUUUGAAAAUAAUACAAACGGGACUGAAAAUAGGAGAGUUGUCUCGGGCGUUCUGUCUAAACCUUCUCAAGAACCAUCGAAACCAACCAGAAAGUCAGAUCCAACUAAACUCCAUCCAUGGUCUACUAUAACGGAAGCAAAAACGCACCUGCAUCAUGUUAGUAUUGAACUAGAUACUGAAAAGAAAACUGAUUCUUUGUCAAAGAAACAUGAGAAUUUGAAAAAUUCUCUAGAAAUUAAAACGAAGAUUACCACAGAUUCAAAGCCGUAUGAAAGUGUACAAAACAGUAGUGGUCAUAAUUUAACAGACACCAAGUUUGGCAGUUUGGAACCCGAGGCGAAAGGGACACCUUCGCCGAAAUCUUUGAUGGAUAGCGUUGAUGGUAAAAUAACAACAGACAUUACUGAAGAAAAUAAUGAAAAUAUUUUAGAAGAGAAAAGUACAAACGAAGAUUCGACAAGUACUGUUUCAAAAAUGCCAGAAAUUGCGUCCGCAAGUGAUAAUCCGAGCGUUUUAAAAACUGAGAACUCCGAAAACAAACGGGAUUCUGGUUACAGCACAACCGUUGGUGAGGGAGACCGAAAUAGUCAUGAAAACAAAGUCGACGAGACUGUUUCUUCUGAAACUAAACGAGAAACCGAACAAACCAAAAAUGGCAAUUCAACUGUCACUGUUGAAGAGACAAACAACAACCAAAAUGAUGUAAACACUUCUGAUAAAACGAAGGAGCAUCAAGAUGGUGAUGAAGAACCAAUAGAGACUAGGGUUAUCAUGCGCAAGUCUAGGUCGGUUGUUAGUGUCAGUCAUGAUGACAUUAUUUCCGUUGUCGAUAUUGAUAAUCAAGAAUGUAAAAGUCAAGGUAGAGGAAGAACUUGUAAAACAACACAAGAGCAAAAUCCUAGCGAAAAUAUUGACAUGAAAUACAAACCGUCCAUAGAUACUGUCGAAAAUUCUAAAACCAACACUAAUACCAAUACACUGCCGAACUUUCAGAACAAGAAGGAAGUAAGCGAGAUGAACAGUGCAAGUGAAGACGCCGUGGAUGGAGCAAUUGGAUGCACAGUUGAACCUGUUCCUUUGCGACAUGAAAUCGUCGAAAAUUACAUAGAUAUUGAUAAAAUAAUUUGUCAGGGAAAUUUUCCAAAUGUUCCAGUUUUGCCCAAUAAUGCUCCAAAUAGACAUGACCUUGUGUCUUUUCACGAACUUAAAGAUUUAUUGGAAAGUCACGACGAAUCCAGUGAUGAACAUUCGGAUAUCGAUGAUUCCAUAACUAAUGCCGAGGAUCCUAUUCAAAGACUCUUACGAAUGGUUGAGGUCUGACGGGUUUAUUUUAGACGGGAGACUUCAGUUGAAUGCUCUUAGCAUGGUGGUCUCAUAUUUGGGUGCUUUUUUUUUAAAUGCAAGCAAUAUAAAGAACUGUUCAUUUACAUUUCAAGACAUGAAAAAAAAACUGCAAUUUUCUUUAUUCUAACUUUUAUUUGAUAUUUCAAGUUGUUCAUUAUAUGUUGAUAGCAAUACCAGUAUAUAGUCUCUUAGUUUAUAUAUGGACAUGUCAAUCUGAAAAAGAGACGUUCGAAAAAGCAAACUGAACGUUACUCUGUUUACGUAUCUUUGUAAUGUUUGAUAGUAAUGGAUGUCUUUCUCUUACUAUAUAUGUAUAUAAUAAAAACAUCAGCAAGAUAGUUGUAUGUUACGCUGUUAGUCAGGAAAUUACUGCUCACUAGUACGCAUGCAGUUUCAAAACUUGAACAAUUAUGAAUGUGCAACAGUUUGCAUUUACUAAAAUUUUAACAAUGCCAAGGCCAAGUAUAUCUGUCAUUUCUUUAUUUUGUAAAGCCUGGCAGUGUUUCUGCUUAGUGCUGCUUAUAGUUCUCAAAUUAUCAUUUAUAAACUUGUCCGUCCAUCUUAGUGAAAUCAGUAAAUUUCCGUAAACAAGAACAUUUUGCAAGAGUUUACAGUUCCAUAAGAGUAGUUAUUCUAUCUUAUGCCUGUUCAUGAAUUCUAGGCAUUUUUUUUUUAUUGUUGUAAAUAAAAUUCAUCCAUUGAGGUAUGACUCGUAACCGCUUCUGCAGAACAGACAACAAAAUGAAACUGAAUUGGUAAACGAACAAGCAAACAAAUAAUUCAAGUUUUACAAUUUGUGUACAGCACCGUAUUAACGGUUAAAAAGUAAGACAACAAAAAUACCGAACCCCAAGGAAAAUUCAAAAUGGAAAGUCCCUUAACAAUUAAAGAUAUUGUAGAUUAUGGAUAUACAUGUAAUUAUAUGAUCAAGUUUUGAGAUAUUUUGAUUUUCUGCUUAUUGUACCAUUUUAACAACCAAUCAUAUAGUAUACUUUUUUGUCAUGGUUAUAUGAAUGUACAUAUUCUCUGUAUAACAUAUUCCAACCAAUAAUAAAAUAUAGUAUAUAUAAACCAAUAAAUUAUUAGACUAUU